AUGUCUUCAAGCAGCAGCAGCAGCACCGGCGGGAUCCAGAUGGAGCUCCCGCCGCUCUCCAACAUCCUGGAGGAGGACCGGAAGGAGGACUGUAAUUCGUGCAGAGCCAUUGGCUCGGCCGCAUUCAUCGGGCUCGGCGCCUACACGUUUGUAAGCGGGCGAGCGCAGCUGCGGGAGCGCGAGAAGACGAUCAGCCAGGCGGCGACGCGGUGGGGGAUUGGGGCGCGGCGGAUGGGGAUUUAUGGCAUUGCGGCGUCGAUGGUGGGGUUGGGUGUGUAUCGGGCUGUUAUGUAG